AUGGUUCUACCUGACCGUGGACUGCUGGGGGACGGUGAUGGAGGACCUGACAGUGGACUGCUGGGGGAUGGUGAUGGAGGACCUGGCAGUGGACUGCUGGGGGACGGUGAUGGAGGACCUGACAGUGGACUGCUGGGGGACGGUGAUGGAGGACCUGGCAGUGGACUGCUGGGGGAUGGUGAUGGAGGACCUGGCAGUGGACUGCUGGGGGACGGUGAUGGAGGACCUGGCUGUGGACUACGACUGCAGGAGAGGUUGAGGGUUGCCUUGUCUGCACAUCACCUCAACGGUCUUCCCCCGACUGUGUGGAUGUGUUCGCAGGAAUAA